AGUUUGGAGCGUUUGAGCAUGGCGUUGGGAGAGACGGCGGACUUAGUGGGGAGGAGCGUCCUGGGUUACAUUGGACUGUUGGCGCACUAAGCUGGCCAACUCUACUUCAAAGACUGAUCAGAAUUGGAAAAGAAUGCUCUCAGGUUCAGCAUGCUCAGUGAGUCGUGAUCUGUUGCGGUUAACGGCAUGUGUGCUACCUCUAGCGGCAGGUGCAGUUCCAGAGGUGAGGCAAGCGCUCAGAUGGAAGUCACUACCUGCCGGUUCCGCCUUCGACGCUGGCGGUACAUCAUGAUCACGCUGACAAAGUUUCCGUUUCGAGCACACACACAUAUCAGUUUGAGAACUCACUGGUUUCUUGCAUGCAAAAUGGCAGACGCAGGCCAGUCGAUGACCGCUGAACGUUCAAUGCAUCCUUCUCACGCCGUCCAGGCUGUACCAUCAAUCCGUCUAUCUCGUGCCGUACAGACCGAGCUCCCAGCAGGACACAAGCCGGUCAAGUGCGAGGCACAUGGCGCAGAAUCUGUCGCCGGGACUCCGGAUACGCACGCGAUGCAGCAGCAUGACCUGACUCUCAUACCCAACCAGGGCGAGCAGAAGCUGAAAACGAGCGUCUCGCAGCUCGACGUCUCCAACACAAGUGUUCCGAACAGACUGCAGCCGGUUCAGGAUGGCGUGACGGACUUCAAAACGGCGUACCUGAGCUUGAAAGAUGACCUGAUGUCUACAGCGUCUGAAGUUGUUGCCUGCCACGCACUCACGCAAGACCUAACCAAGAAGUUACUGCAAGCCGAGUCGAGGAUUGAUGAGCUUCAGAGCGGACUGGAAGCUGCAAAUGAAAAGGCUGCAAUCACGGAGAUGCAGCAGAUGACCCUGCGCACAGAUCACGAGGCCUUCAGAAGGAGCAUCGCCGCCAAGCUCAAGUCCGACCGUGGUUUCUCCCGCAAGUCAAUUGGCAAGAUCAAUGGGACCAUCAAGCACAUCCAACAUGGCAUGAACCCGACUGGCACGGCGAACAAGAUUGGCAGUGCGCCACCGGCUUGGGCUCCUGCGGCAAUGUUUGGGAAGGAAGAGAUCAGGCCAGAGCACGAGAAGAAGGUGGAAAACCUAUGGGUGCCGCUUCCUCCUGGAACGGCUUACGCUUCAGUACCAGCGGACAAGUGUGUGGGCACACAAACUUCCACUUCCACUGUCGGCGUCAACCCUUUCUGCAACCUGCCCCAGCUUUCGCCGGCACCUUACGGACCUCCUGCAAGCUUGGCUCAACCCUUGUCAGCCAACAAUCACCGCAAGCGCGAGCUAUCGCCACCAGUUGCCCGUUCGCUGUCUACGGAAGAGCGUCCCUCAAAGAAGAAGCGCACGCGUGGCCGUAGGCGUGGACGCAAAGGGCCCGAAUAGACGGAUGAUAUUGGCAACAUCGUGGGCGCGGGGAUUGCUGAAUAUGCGAUAUGCAUGAAUCGUGGUAUGCGAUGUUGUUGAUGUAUCGUAAAGGACUUGCAUGCCUUGUUUGUGCCUUCUUCAUGAUGCGCGGAUCG